AUGGGCCAAAGAAGCCUCCCAUGCUCCGACGCCAUGAUAUCGCCGAAGCGCCACGCCGCAGAGGGGGUGAAGAGCCUGAUCCGAGACGUGCUGUCUGGCCUGGUGCCAGCUGAGAAGGACAAGGAAGCCAUCCAGAUUCGCAGAGGAGGCCGGCUAUUUGGGCGCGACGACCUCAACAAUUAUUCUAUCUUCCAAGAGGUGCCACUGCCCUUGAAGGAGAAGCUGGUGGAGGUAGCUGUGAGGGAUGAGCUCUUCAACCGCGCCAUGGGCUCUAUGCUGGGCAUGGCAGUUGGAGACUCCUUGGGGCAUCCUUUUGAGUUUUUGCCGGUGCAAGACCGGCCUCUUGGCCCCCACUUUGACCUGAAGAGUUUCGAGUUCAUUGGCGCUUCCAACACCUUCCAGCUGAAGCGGGGGCAGUGGACCGACGAUGCCGCCAUGGGCCUUUGCAUGGCCGACUCCUUGAUCCUGAAGAGGGGCUUUGAUGGGGGAGACAUGCGGGUGCGCUUCUGGUGCUGGUGGAAUCGUGGCUACAACAAUGCCUUCCGCAAGGACCCGGGCCGCAGCUCCUCGGUGGGCCUGGGGGGCAACAUCGCCAAGAGCCUCACGGAGCUCUCCUACCUGGGGCCUUCUGAGCGCCCGGAGCCUAGCUUUCAGGCCACCACCGAGGACGCCGGCAACGGCAGCUUGAUGCGCUUCGCGCCGGUGGCCAUCUUCUUCCACGCUGCGCCCAGCGAUGAACAGCUGCUGGACUUUGCACGGAAGUCCUCGUAUACAACGCACCCCGGCAUCAUUGCUGCGGAGGCGUGCUCGCUGUUGGCCUUCCUGAUUGUCCGGGCGCUGAAGCGAAAGCAGGAGAUGUCAAUUAAGGAGUUCCUGGAGAAGACAACCAAGGAAUACAUGAAGGUAUCUGGUUUGGACGGAAAAUCGGGCUGGGGAUAUGACCAGAUGAAAUGGUUGGUCACCUCCAAGCCAGUGAACGACACCGAGAGGUGCUGGGAUUGGAAGAGCCCAGACCUGGAUAUCUCCGGCACUCUGAGGGCAAGGGGCCGUACUUACAACGGCUAUCCGGUGUCCGCAGGCUAUUUCGGGUCAUAUUCGCUGGAUGGGUUGGCACUUGCCCUAUGGGCAGUGUAUCACACCACCAGCUUCAAUGACGCUGUGGUAAAGUCUGUAAAUCUUUUGGGUGAUGCUGACAGCCAUGGCUCCAUCACCGGCCAGUUGGCUGGCGCUUUUUAUGGCUAUACGGCCAUCGACAGUAGGUUCGUUGACUGGGUUGUCACCUGGGAUGAGCACGAGUUUGCUUGCCGUGGGGUGCUCCUGGCACAUCUUGGCCCAACUUCAGGCAUAGUCACCUCCUUGUAG